AUGCCUUCCGCUCCCUCGCCCUCGCGGCCUCAUUUCCCAGCCCCUGGACGCACCACCACCGCAUCAUCAUCCACAUCCAGGACAUCUAUUGCUACAGCGGGCACCCGAUUACGAUCCGCAUCGCAGAAACUGCUGGACGCCGACGUGCCGCUCGGAUUCAUGUCGGCGAGCGGCGCCGUCGUAUCGAAGGCCCCGACGUUGGCGGAUAUCCGCACGGGAGGUUUUGGGUUGAAUGGAUGGACCGGGGAGGGACAGGAUCGCUCACCGAGGAGGAGAGGUAGUGGAAGCGGUGGAGUACUGGGGCCGCCGUCAAGAAAGGCGACGGGAGGACUUGAGUCGGAGCCGUUCCCCGUUGUGAAGGAGGAGUCGCAUGUGGCCAACCCAGAGAAACCCGCACACAAUCAUCCCGAGCACGCACAAUUCGAGCCACAAGAGGGGAAGAACAAAGACUUUGGCGUUCAGUCCAUUACCAAAUCCACCACCACCUCCACCGAACCCCCUCCCGGCCUCCCUCGACGAGUCACAUACGGCUACGUCCCCCCUCCCCACGUCCCCUGGACGACCAGCACCGCCAUCGCCCUAAAAGCCUUCCUCCACUGGUUCAUCACCCCCUUCGGCUUCCUCAUCACCCUCUACGGCCUCAACAUCGUCGCCUGGGGCGGCAUGCUCUUCCUCCUCCUCUGCAACGCCGCCCCCGCCAUGUGCCACCCCUCCUGCAACGACAUCAACUCCCCCCGCCGCAUCUGGAUCGAAAUCGACUCGCAGAUCCUGAACGGUCUAUUUUGCGUCACCGGCUUCGGCCUGAUCCCGUGGCGCUUCCGCGAUCUCUACUGGUGGGCCGUGUGGCGGCUGGGGAUCCGUGGUGGAGCGCGCGAGAAGCGCAUGGGCGGCAUCCGCCGGCUGGCGGGCAUUCAUCGCGGUUGGUAUCGAUUGGCCGGCAGCGAAAAGCGGCCGUUGACUGCGUCGGCUGCGCCGACCAAGUCAGAACAGGGAGUCGACACGCCGGACGAUCUGAACGAGGCAUUGCCGAUCCCUCCGUCCAAACAGCCGGAUGAUCCGCUCACCGGCGUACGUGCCACGCCGACCCGUCCGUGGAAGAUGGACUUCGUGGUCUUGAUGAAUGUCGCGAACACGUUCCUGCAAGCGUGCCUCGCAGGGUUCAUGUGGGGAUUGAACCGGUACGAUCGGCCGUCGUGGUCGACAGGAUUCUUCGUGGCGUUGGCGUGCAUCGCGGCCGCUGCGGGGGGGUUGAUGAUAUUUCAUGAGGGCAAAUGCGUGAAGAAAGUUGAGGGGCUGGCGCCGAAACUUGAUCCGAAACCCAAAGAUGUCGAGAGGGCCGAAGUCUCGAAUGAUGAGAAACCCGCCAUCGACGACCGGAAGUCGCAUGCUACAAGCAGAUAGCGAUCCUUUUGACUAGUCCAAUCCAUUUUCAAUAUUUCUAUGAGCCGUUUUUAAUGUUGCUUUUGUCUAUCCCUUGAGCCUGGUCUACUUUCCGUAGUCCAUUAAAGAUAUAGACCUUACUGCUUGAGCCGCCAUUGUACCAUUAAGCCUGCACUGGUUCAUGACGCUCUCAUUCACUCUCGAUGUCUUACUAACCAGUAUGUCGACCUUCUUCAGCCACUUAAGACAGGCGAACUAAUUACUACAUCGAUGAAUUUCGGGUCUAAGGAGGCAUAUUCACGUCUAAGGCACUAUCUCACUGCAGGAAAGCGCAUGCAUGGCUGCGGCAAGGAUGGAGGCCGCCACUGAAAUCACUCCACUGCCACCGGAUUUGACACCGGCAAUUCCUUUCAUAUCCUUGGGAAUAUAAAUGGACUAUUUCAUUGAGU